AUGCCCGUGCGACGGGGUCAUGUCGCGCUACAGAACACCUAUUUGGACACCAUUAUCCGGAAAUUCGACGGUCAGAACCGUAAGUUCCUGAUUGCCAACACGCAGAUGAAGAACUGCGGGAUCAUAUACUGUAACGACGGCUUCUGCCAGAUGUUCGGCUUCUCACGUGCCGAGAUCAUGCAGCAGCCGUGCACGUGCCCGUUCCUGACGGGCCCGGGCACCAUGAAGACUGCCCUGGCACAGCUCGGCCAGGCCCUGCUGGGCUCCGAGGAACGCAAGGUCGAGAUUCUCUACUACUCCAAAGAAGGCACUUGUCGACCAUGUUUGGUGGAUGUGGUGCCCGUUAAGAAUGAGGAGGGCAUGGUUAUCAUGUUCAUCCUAAACUUCCAGGAGCUGCUGGACCCCUCACUGAAAAAGGGCGGACUCCGUCAGAGAGUCACCCAGAGCUGGAAGCGGGCAGGUCAGAGUCGCAGGAUGAGGUUAAGAAUGCCCUCACUGAGGGUCAUGCGACAGCCCACCCUCUCCAAAGACCAGUUUGAAGGAGUAGUGGUCGACUAUGCACAGCCGUCAGGUGAGGCAGUUCCCCUGAAGGAGUUCCGUAUUCCCUCUAAAGAGAGCUGUCUCCAGUCAGAGACACAGGCCCUAAUCCAACAGGAUCCUCCUGCCGUGGGUCUGGGUUUCUCCACGCCUCCCUCAAGACCUCCGGAGCUCCUGGAGCCCUGCGGGGGCCCCCUCACCCACAGCCGCUCCCAGGAGAGUGUCUGCAGCCUACGACGUGCCUCCUCCCUCCACGACCUCGACUGCAUUAGGGACCAGCGCAAUGAUUUGAAGCCCAGCAACAUGAACUCUACCUCGGACUCAGAUUUGAUGCGUCAUCGGACCAUAGGACGGAUUCCCCAGGUGACGUUGUCGUUUGGGUCCGACCGCAUGAGACCCCCGUCCCCGACCGAAAUUGAAAUUAUCGCCCCCAGCAAGAUAAAGGACCGCACCCAAAACGUCACCGAGAAGGUCACACAGGUCACACAGGUGCUGUCUCUUGGGGCGGACGUGUUGCCCGAAUACAAGCUGCAGGCUCCACGUAUCCACAAGUGGACUAUCCUGCACUACAGCCCUUUCAAAGCCGUGUGGGAUUGGAUCAUCUUGCUCCUGGUGCUCUACACGGCCGUCUUUACGCCGUACUCUGCCGCUUUUCUCCUCUACGAGCCCGAGGACCAAAGGCGACGGACCUGCGGCUACGCCUGCAACCCGCUCAACGUGGUGGACCUGGUGGUGGACGUCAUGUUCAUCGUGGACAUCCUCAUCAACUUCCGCACCACCUACGUCAACCACAACGACGAGGUCGUGAGCCACCCCGCCCGAAUCGCGCAGCACUACUUCAAGGGCUGGUUCCUCAUCGACAUUGUGGCUGCCAUUCCGUUCGACCUGCUCAUCUUUCGCUCUGGUUCAGAGGUAGAGAGUGAGCCUCAAACCACCACCCUGAUUGGCCUACUGAAAACAGCCCGAUUGCUGCGAUUGGUGCGGGUGGCCCGUAAACUGGACAGGUACUCGGAGUAUGGUGCGGCCGUGCUCUUUCUCCUCAUGUGCACGUUCGCUCUCAUCGCCCAUUGGCUGGCCUGCAUCUGGUACGCCAUUGGCAACGUGGAACGCACGGGCUCGGUGCGCGUGGGCGGCUUGAAGAUCGGCUGGUUGGACAACCUGGCCGACCAGAUCGGCAAACAGUAUAACGACAGUGACUCCACCUCUGGCCCCUCCAUCAAGGACAAGUACGUGACGGCGCUCUACUUCACUUUCAGCAGCUUGACCAGCGUGGGUUUCGGAAACGUGUCUCCCAACACCAACCCAGAGAAGAUCUUCUCCAUUUGUGUCAUGCUUAUUGGCUCUCUCAUGUAUGCCAGCAUCUUCGGUAACGUGUCGGCCAUAAUCCAGCGGCUGUAUUCUGGCACAGCUCGCUAUCACACUCAGAUGCUGCGAGUCAAAGAGUUCAUCCGCUUCCAUCAGAUCCCCGGAGGCCUGAGACAGAGACUGGAGGAGUACUUCCAACACGCCUGGUCUUACACCAAUGGCAUCGACAUGAACGCUGUGUUGAAGGGUUUUCCUGAGUGUCUGCAGGCGGAUAUCUGUCUCCAUCUGAACCGCAGCCUGCUGCAGAACUGUAAGGCGUUUCGAGGGGCCAGUAAAGGCUGCCUGCGAGCUCUGGCCAUGCGCUUUAAGACAACCCACGCUCCGCCUGGCGACACGCUAGUCCACUGCGGUGACGUGCUGUCCGCCCUCUAUUUCAUCUCCCGUGGUUCCAUCGAGAUCCUGAGAGAUGAAGUGGUGGUAGCCAUUCUAGGGAAGAACGACAUCUUUGGCGAGCCCAUCAAUUUGUAUGCCAGGCCAGGGAAAUCCAAUUCAGAUGUGAGGGCGCUGACCUACUGUGACCUGCAUAAGAUCCAGAGAGAUGACCUGCUGGAGGUCUUAGACAUGUACCCAGACUUCUCUGACAGCUUCUGGAGUAACCUGGAGAUUACCUUCAACCUGAGAGAUGCAGACAGAAUUAUGCAGCCAACCCCCAGUGAGGAUUCGGACUGCGGCUACCACCGCCGACUCAGGCGCCGGAAGAACUCUCUCCACCGGCGAAACCGACCUGAUGGCAUGGAUCGAGAAGACACUUAUCCAGACCAGUCCUGCGCUCAGCUGGGUAACCACAGGGGAGCUGUGCCACGCUCUCACUGGGACGAGCUUUGCAGCAGUGCCAGUGCCGCCUCCCUCUCCAGCGAGGAAGAGGUGAAACCUCUGGGACCCGGCAGGGGAGAGAUGUACACGCCGGGGGCGGAGAUGCGAGACUAUCCCCCCACCGUGGUCAGCCUCCUGCCCCCAAACAGCACUUCAGCAGGAAUGGGGACAGCGCUUGACCGAGGGGCACAGCUUUACACAGCAGCUCCUCUGAAUGUGUCGGGUUUAUAUGGGUACUGGCCGGACCGCAGGGCCAGUCAGUACUCAGAGAGCCAGCGCCGGUCCUCUUCAGCGCGGGGCUGUUUCCACUCGAACCCGUGCUCAGAGGAGCGACCCAGUGAACUACAGGCUCGCCUGGAGCUCCUGCAGUCCCAGCUCAACAGACUGGAGACGAGGAUGACGGCCGACAUAAACGUUAUUCUGCAGUUGCUCCAGAGGCAGAUAGCUCCCGUCCCCCCCGCCUACAGCGCCGUGUCCCCCGAGCCCCCGGGACACCCCCUUCCGUCUUCCACCCUGUACGGGACAGGCACCCGAGUCCUCCACAGCGCCUCAUCCAUGCCCCCACCCGUCCAGGUCACAGACAGCCUCAAGGUGGGUAUGACAAGUCCAGACUCAGACAACUUGACACAGAAGUCCCCUGACUCCCUCUCCAGUGGCAUCCAUUUGACCGUCACCUCAGAUGACACCAUGUACCUGUCCCCCGAGACCGAGCUCGGUCCAGCGGCCCCCCCAGGCCAGAGCCUGGCCCCUGAGGCCUCGGGACUGUUGUGCGGCAGCCUGCGAUUCCCCUCCCUCCCAGACAACCUGGAGAGCUCCAGCGCCUCCCAGGGGCAGGCCGAGAUACAGCGACACACUUCUGACCCAGUUCUGCCAGGCACCCAGAGCCAAUAA